AUGAAUCCCAAUGUCAAGCAGGUCCAGAGCCAACGGACGUGGCACUACCAGGACCGCAGAGGAGCAGCAGAGAUCGAGCAGUAUGAGGCUUCAUACUGGGGACCCGACGCUGACAACCAGGGUCAACAUUACAACAGUAGACGGAAGGCGGAGACCCGGAGCGGACCCCGCAGCCUCCGAGCCGAUUACAACGCAGCCUAUUUCGGCCAGGGAACGAAACUGACGGUUCUCGAACCUGGACAUGACGUCAGCGGGCCGACAGUCAAAGUGCUUCGCCCUUCACCAAAGGAGUGUCAAAGCCACGGAGACCAGGAGAAGAAGAAGACCAUCGUGUGUGUGGCCAGUGGGUUCUACCCAGACCACGUCGGCGUGCUCUGGAAGGUCGACGGGGUGGAGGUCACCACCGGGGUGGCGACCGACAGCGCCGCUCUCCGGCACGGCAAGUCUUACAGGAUCAGCAGCAGGCUGAGGGUCUCUGCCAAAGACUGGUUCACAGACCACAAAGAGUUCACCUGCAGCGUCCGCUUCUUCAACGGGACGCACACGGAGCUCUACUCACACUCCAUCCUGGGGGGGAAAGGUACGCUUCAUUUGAGACACACAACCCACCCGAGCAUGUUCUCUUUGCACCAACAAUGA